ACACCCCAUUGCUCCUCCCUUCUUCAGAGGAAAGGAAAGUGUGAGCUCUAGCCCUCUGCAGAGUGAGAGCCGCCAAGGGGCCCAAGCCACCAGCUCUCUGAAAGCCUCCCCCAUCAGAGCUCUGCAGGGGACAGACCAACUCACCACAACAGUGUGUGGCCAGUGGUCCUUCCCCAUACUGCUGGGAUGGAUGGUCAGCAGCACAACACCACCAAGGAGCCUGAGAUUGAGCUGUUUGUGAAGGCUGGUCUGGAUGGAGAAAACAUCGGAAACUGUCCCUUCUGCCAGCGCCUCUUCAUGGUGCUGUGGCUCAAAGGGGUCAAGUUCAAUGUCACCACAGUGGACAUGACCAGGAAACCUGAAGAGUUGAAAGAUUUAGCACCGGGCACCAACCCACCCUUCUUGCUGUUCAACAAGGAGCUGAAAACAGAUUUCAUCAAGAUUGAGGAGUUCCUGGAGCAGACCCUGGGUCCACCCACGUAUCCACACCUGAGCCCCAAGUACAAGGAGUCCUUUGAUGUGGGCAGUGACAUCUUUGCCAAGUUCUCGGCAUACAUCAAGAAUCCACGCAAAGAAGCAAAUAUCAAUUUUGAGAAGGCUCUGCUGCGGGAGUUUCACCGCCUGGAUGUCUACCUGAACACUCCUCUCCCAGAGGAGAUUGACCAGGACAGUGUGGAAGACAUCAUCAUCUCCAAGAGGAAAUUCCUGGAUGGAGACCAUCUGACUCUGGCUGAUUGCAACCUCCUGCCCAAAUUGCAUAUCAUCAAGAUUGCAGCCAAAAAGUACCGUGACUUCGAGAUCCCAGAAGACAUGACAGGUGUCUGGCGCUACCUCAACAAUGCCUAUGCCUGUGAUGAGUUCAAUCACACUUGUCCUGCAGAUGAGGAGAUUGAGCACACGUACGCCAGUGUUGCCAGGAAGAUGACCUAACCGUAGGGUCGGGUGGGUUGUGAGCAUUGCCCUGGCUGAGCCCUCUGACUCUGCACUCCUGAUACAACCAAAACCAGCCAAUGGAGAGACUGGAGAGGGUUUAUGCCAUUGCUAGCUCCUGCCUUUCAGAAACAGCUCCUUGCUUCACAGCCCCUGCCACUGCCUUCUUCUGUGCCGCUGGCUCCAACCCCUGGGCACCAUCAGUACUGGCUACAUGUAUAUACUGCUCCCAUCCGGAUGUAGCUGCAUCCCUACUCCCUGAACUCUCACAGCCUGUGACUACGUGUCAUGGGAAAAGCUGAGAACUAGCCUCCUGCAGUGGCGCUUUUGUGGAAGAGAUGAGAUCCACAAAUGGCUGGGCUAGCCCAGCCUCCCCAUCCCCACCUGUUAGCCCUGUGUGGUCCCAGCCAUCCUGUGCUUGUCCUGGAUCCCAGUGCUUCUCCUGGACUGGAGCUGUUUACAUUCACCUGAUGCCAACCUGCUCAGCUCCUAGGGCUGGCAUUUGGGCAACUCUCUCUUCCAAGGCACCAGCUUCCUCUGAAGAUAUGGAAAGGGUCUGCCCUGGCAGCUCAUUGCAGUGUGCUGUGCUCACUGUUGAGGGCUGUGAUGUGGAUCUGACUCCUCAUAGGGCAUGGGGGCAGGGGGGUGCUGGGGGUGAUGCCUGAUGCAAUAGUGCCAGGAUCAGCUAUGGGAGGGAACAAAGGGAACCUGGAAGAGGGCUGAGGUUGAAGGGUUGAGGAUCAGGGCAUCCCUCCCACAAUUGCCAGUGUCCAGGGCCAUGUGCUGCUGUCUGCAAGGUCCCACGUGGCUCCUGCCAGCUCCUGUACCUUGCAGGACCCUGCAAAAGAUGCAGCCGUGCUCUAGCUCCAUAACCCCCUAGUCCCCACCAACACUUCUGAUACCUAAGGCCGGGAGCAGCCACAGGGAAGGGCACGUGUUUAGUUUCUACACUGGAAAGCCCAAGAACAGACAGCAGCUGUCUGGCAAAGGACUGUGUCUGUGGAAAGGCGUGGGCAGGUCUGGUGCCCCUUGGCUCAGCAUGCAUUCACAUCCUGUGUUGCUGACAUGUGUCAAAGCUGCUCUGCACAGCCAUGACAUCCCAUGUACCCCCUCAGAGACCUCCAGCUCCACCAGGACUCCCACCAGAGCUUGAGAAUUUGGUCAACCCUCCCUAACCAGCCCCAGAGCAAAUUGAUACUGUACAGUAGGCGCGGUGGGUUCUGUGGGAACUAAGCAAGCGGAGCCCCCUCAGCCCUCACUGCCACUUUCCUCUUUGCACUAAAUGUGUGUCCUUGCAAGCCUGCCUCAGAUAGUGCUGGGUUUGGGCACUGGGUUUUAUUGGGUUUUGGUUUGUUGUUUUUUUUUAAACUAAGGACAGCAAUAAACUAUAUUUUAAUACGCCUUUCUGAUGUGCUGUCAGCCAGGUGCAAAGGCUGCUAGCCUAGAGGGUGCUGUGGAGUGGAGGGGUCUUUCUUGCAGUGGAAACUCCUCUGAAAUUUAGCAGAAGUGAAAUUGUAGCCCCAGCCUCUGCUGGCCUGGAUCACUGGCAUGCGUGUGGCAGGAGAGACAUUGCCUCCCAGGGCACAGGCACUGCUGUCUGUCAGCAUCACAUGUGGUGGGAGGAUGCAGCACCCUGCACAGGAUGGGGAUUCAGUGACCACAGGAAGCUGUUCUAGUGAGAGGGAUUUAUUCAUCUGCUGCUGGCAGCCAGCAGGUCCCUGCCAGGCCAUGGUGGUCACUCUGCCUUGCCACAGGGCCACUGCUAUGGGACAAACAGUGGCAUGCACCUCAGACCCUUGUGAGCCUCUUCGCCUGCCCUAUGACACUACUCUUCUGCUGCAGAUCCUCUGCCCUUUUCCCUAGCAGGGACCAGAGACUUUGUAAAGCUCCAUGCACACCAGCCAGGUGAGGGUCAUGCAUAGAUGGCCUGACUGGAAGGCACUGGGACAGUGGUGGUGGCUAUCAGGCUGGCAGGCAGGCAGAGCUCCUCCUGCACCCUUCAACUGGUGACAGUAUUUCCUGUGAGAAAAAGGGAAAGACCUGCAUGUGAGUGGCUGCAGCAGUGCUAAAUUACAGACCAGAAGUGUAUAAGAAGGAAGGGAGAUGUCCCUCUCUUCUCCCAGGCUCUCUUUCAGCUUUGAAGUCUGUUUUAGGGGAAUAGGCUGGAAGCUGAAUGCCCUAGUCCAGAUCAUGGGCAUUCUCCACCCCAAACCACGGGGUUCUUUCAUCCCAAGCCCAUUCCCCUGUUUGCCGUGGCCUCUCUACAGGUCUGUGGUGGCUUGGGUCCCCACACCCACUGGGAGCUAUUGCUAGAUUGCUGAGAGGACGUCUCUGUCUGGAUAAAUCCCUGGCUCUGUAGCACCAUCUUUCAUCUUCACCAAGAUCUUCCACCUGCCAUGGUGCAGCAACCCAGUCACCCCAGUGUGUGCAGUGCCCACACGGCCAAGCCAGCCUCCAAACUCUUCACUUCACUGCCAGAGCAGGGCAGGAGCAGCAGUGGCUCCUGAGCAGGGCCCAUUUACUGGCAAACAGAGAUGGCGUUUGCUAGGAUCUCAUGAGGAACUGUCCCACAGGUGUUCCCUGCUCAAUGGCAUCUCCUUGGCUAGAGAGUCAUCCUCAUUCACCAAAUGAUAGAGAAUAUCCUUCUGGAGAGUACUUUUAUUUCCUGAAGAUAAAAUAAAAAUACACAAAACAUCCUGAACAGGCUAAGGGUUUGGUGUGGGUGGCAGGAGCUGAGGGAAGGUAUAUCAGGAGGGGAGGUGACAUAGCACCUUUGCCUGCCCCUCUCCACACUCCCCAGUGCUCACCUAGCUUGCAGCAUCCUUUGUCCUGCAUGCAUCCCUUCAGCUCUUCCAGAGCAUCCUAGGGCCUGUCUCCCUCUGUGUGUGUCCCCACACCAGCUCCAUCUGUGGGCCCAGGUCAGCUUCAGCUACAGGAGUCACCCUGGCUAUGAGCUACUCUCUGGUCAUGGCUCACUCCUUCUCCUGGUGCAGAGAGAGCCUGGUUUAGGUUCUGGGGUGACUGGAGUCCUGCCAGAGUCUUGCCAUCAGUCAAGAACCCAACUGCACUCUCAGAUGGGUUAACAUCCACCAGCAUAUGAUCUGGGUUGGAUGGGGAGACAGGGAGGACACUCCUGAUGCUGCCUGGGACACUGCUGGCUGCUGUUGCUGCAAGGGCACAGUGCUGGCUCAUAGUCAGCCCAAUGUGUCCUGUUCCCUGGGGCUGUUCCUCCCUGAAGACAGGACUUGGCACUUCUCCUUUCUGACCAGCACAAGGUCUGGCUUUUCAGAAGCUCUGCUGUUCACCAUGGCUGUGUUGUGUCAGGGGAAAGUGCUGUGGAAGUCUGGGCAAGUUAACCCUGGCUCCGGUGGGGUUUGGAAGACGAUCAGAAGAGAGCAUGAGGCCAAGGUUUGGAAAAGCAUGUGCAUCCACCCUUCUUUUUUUCAUGAUCUUCCUCCGUGAGGGCUACCACUUGUCUUUUGCUCCUUUCACAUCUCAUAGCAGCUUGAGGGCUGUGGCAAAGCCUUUGGGCACCUGGGUAUUCCAAGGUGAUUCUCAGUGCAUGAUCUGGAGACAGGACUCAGUCAGUGACAAGGUUCAUCCUCUGCUGCGGAAAGCUUCCUUGCUAUAGCAGUGUUUGACCUUGCUGGCAUUCAGAGGAUCCUCUCCCCUUCAUCCCAGAAGCUGGCCAUGCAAUUCCUUCUUCUGGCUGUUGUGUCCGUGAGCUCCAGGUGACUGAUGCAAUCCUGGCCUCCCUGGCUGGGGUCAUCCAGGGGGCACUCCUGGGGCAUCCAGGCCAGCAAGUCCCUGCAGACUGCAGAGAGAUCCAGUCUGGGCUUCACAACAACAGGAAAGUGGUGAAAUUCAGAGCAAGUGUUGGGAUGUGGGGAGUUUUGGCUGAGACGCAAAUAUCCAUCCUCUUUCUCUGGAAAGAAGGCAGAGAGUGAUGGAAGCCUGUCCACUAGCGUCCAUGAGACAGCGACAUGAAAGAUGGCUUUUCUGAGAGAACAGCACUGAGGUGAUGCACACUCUUCCCAAAGCUGCAGAUAUGGAGGCAGCCCCCAGCCACUUGCUGUGUCAGCUGGGACCUGGCUCAACUCUCCUAUGUCCAGUUUUUUCCCAGUUCCCAUUUGAGAUCCUAUUUUUUCCCUGACUUCAGUUUCAAAUUACUGUGCUAUCAGCCAAUUGGCAUUGCUUCUAAUUACUUCUCUUCCUCUGGAAGGCUUUAAUUUGGAGAAACCCAGCUGGAAUUGAUCCCUUUGGUGACCUCAGCUAGGCUCUUCUUGCAUGUGCAGCUCAUGCCCUACCUCACCAAGCACUAUGUCUCCCGAGGGCAGUGGGGAAGCGACUGACAGGCACAAGAAGAUUUUAAGUUUUCAGGAGCUUAAAGUCCUGAAGUGUUAUUCAUAAAAGAGAGGAGACCAGACAACUUGUUCAAUGCCUUUUCCUACCGACACUGAGACUGGGGCUUAGACAGGUUGAACAGUACUUGCUUCAUAGGUGCUACAUGGAAAGUCCCUCUGAAAUCUUGGCAUGAGAUCCAUAUUUUUCAGUCCCUCGUGUCCUCUCAUCUUGUGGUAUGGGUCAUCACAGUGGGACUUCCUGAGGAAGAUGGGACAGGAUGCUGAGCAGCCUGAGCAUCUAUUGUUUAACCACGAGGCUGACUGUGACCCUGCUGACCACAAAACAGAGGUUCUCAUUUUCAUGGAGUGGCUGAAAGUGCAUUAUCCAGAGAUCAUUGAUUGCCUCUGUUUGCCAGACCCCAUCUGUCAGGCAUGGAUCUGACUGGGAAACCGCUGAGAUGAAGCUAUCAUCCAUCCCAAGUGGGCACAUCACUCAGCUGGGAAUUUUCUCCUAACAAAAUUCCAUAUCUGGAAAACAGAUGAUGGAAACAAACAGAAUCCUGCUAGAUUUCAUGUCAUAGAAUGAAAAAUUCUGGAGACAGGCUCAUCACAUUUCCUGUGGUGCCAUGAGGAGGAAGCACAGAACUCCCAAACUUGGAAUGCCUCAUGAGCUGACAGGCACCAGCUCAGAGGGCAGCUUGCUGGUCCUGUCUGUCACUGGGAGCACCAGGAUCCUAGGGGCCAGAGAGCCACUGGAGCAGUGCCAGGAAGUGGGAAGGUGUUCAGCUGAGCUGCCUUUCCUGUGGGCUACAGGACCAGGGAUCCCCUGACGUGCAUCUGAAGAACGGGAAGCACAACAACUGGCCAAAUAUCACAAAUCCUGGCAAGGUAGCUCCAUCCAACACAGGGACGGUUGUCCUGUGCUAUAAGGGGACCUGGUGACAGAGCUAGGUGGCAUAUAACUGUCAGGAUGCCCAUGGCACCUCCUGUGUGCAGAAACUUGCCACGCAUCCCCAGGCGAGGGCACUCCCAGACCAGUGCAUG